AUGGUGAUGCGAUCGACACUUCCGAGGCGCCUCGCCCUCGGCCGUUCAGCCAACCACCUCAGACGCCCCUACUCGACCCCGACUAGGUUAUCUCCAGCCAGUGCCCCGAGGUGCUCGGCCUCAACCUUCGACCGCUUGCUGCUCUCCGCCCCGAGGUCUCGGCAAUCCGUUUCCCAAUUCUCGACCUCAACAUACCGUUUAAAAGAGGAGGACCAGAGCGGCUUCUUCGACCGCGCUGUUGAGCCUCUAUCCGAGGAGGAGCAAAAGGCCAAUCUAAAGCACCAGCGCGAGCUCGAGGAGGAGCAGCUGGCCGAGGCCAAGAACUCUAGCUCCGAGUCAUCUGCCAAGAAUGAAGGUUCCGGAGGAGCACAGGAUGGUAAGGGCAGUGCGGCAGGCGGCUCGUCGGCUGGCUCUGGUAGUGGUGGAGGUGACGAUAAGGGUGACGGCAGCGGCAAGAAAGGACGCAAGUCCGACAAGAGCUUGCAAAAGCCCGUCGUCCCAGACGUCUAUCCUCAGGUUUUGGCCAUUCCCAUUGCGAAACGGCCAUUGUUCCCCGGAUUCUACAAGGCUAUCACCAUCAAGGAUCCGAACGUAGCUGCCGCCAUUACGGAGAUGAUCAAGAGAGGCCAACCGUACGUUGGUGCAUUCCUUUUCAAAGACGAGAACCAGGAUGAGGACGUUAUCCGCAACGUGGAUGACGUCUACGAUACUGGUGUCUUCGCGCAGAUCACCAGUGCCUUCCCGAUGCAUGGCGAGCAGGGCGCUUUGACGGCUAUACUGUACCCUCACCGCCGUAUCCGCCUGUCGAGUCUGCUGCCACCCGAAUCCGACGAGAAGAAGUCGAGCGAGGCCAAGGUCGAGCCCGUUCCCGAGCCCAUACCCCCGAAGGCAACCGAGGAAGAGGCACAGCCAGAUAAGAAGGGCGAUGUUGUAGCAAGCUUCGAGGAGAGUGCCGUGGCCCCUAAGCCGGACCAGGCUGCGGAGAAGUACGAGCCCACCGCGUUCCUUAAGAGGUAUCCUGUCAGUCUUGUCAAUGUCGAAAACUUGACUGAGGAGCCCUACGAUCCCAAGAGCGCCGUCAUCCGUGCGGUCACAAAUGAGAUCGUCAACGUCUUCAAAGAGGUCGCCACCAUGAACAGUCUCUUCAGAGACCAAAUCUCUACUUUCUCUAUGAGCCAGUCUACUGGCAACGUCACGUCGGAGCCUGCAAAGCUCGCUGAUUUCGCUGCCGCGGUUUCUUCGGGCGAGCAGGGUGAAUUGCAAGAAGUUCUUUCCAGCCUGAACGUUGAGGAAAGAAUGCAAAAGGCCCUUAUUGUGCUCAAGAAGGAGCUCAUGAACGCCCAGCUGCAGUCCAAGAUCACCAAGGAUGUCGAGAGCAAGAUUACCAAGCGUCAACGCGAGUACUGGCUGAUGGAGCAGAUGAAGGGCAUCCGGAGAGAGCUGGGCCUGGAGUCUGAUGGCAAGGACAAACUGGUGGAGAGGUUCAAGGAGAAGGCCGACAAGCUGGCUAUGCCAGAGCCUGUUCGCAAGGUGUUCGACGACGAGAUCAAUAAGCUUGCACAUCUCGAGCCCGCGGCCUCUGAGUUCAACGUGACCCGCAACUACCUGGACUGGCUCACCCAGAUCCCAUGGGGACAGCGCAGUGCCGAGAACUUUGGCAUUAAGAACGCCAUGUCGGUCCUGGACGAGGACCACUACGGAUUGAAGGACGUCAAAGACCGCAUCUUGGAAUUCAUUGCUGUAGGCAAGCUCCGUGGCACCGUCGAGGGCAAGAUCAUCUGCUUUGUCGGUCCUCCUGGUGUUGGAAAGACGUCUAUCGGAAAGUCCAUCGCCCGCGCUUUGAACCGCCAAUACUACAGAUUCAGUGUGGGUGGUCUCACUGAUGUGGCCGAGAUCAAGGGCCACCGACGCACUUACGUCGGAGCUCUACCCGGUCGUAUCAUCCAGGCGUUGAAGAAGUGCCAGACCGAGAACCCUCUGAUCUUGAUCGACGAAAUCGACAAGAUCGGCCGUGGUUACCAAGGCGACCCUUCCUCCGCCCUUCUCGAGUUGCUCGACCCCGAGCAGAACAGCUCUUUCUUGGACCAUUACAUGGAUGUCCCUGUCGACUUGUCCAAGGUCCUCUUUGUCUGCACAGCCAACAUGACCGACACUAUUCCGAGACCCCUGCUUGAUCGUAUGGAGCUCAUCCAGCUGUCCGGCUACGUUGCGGACGAAAAGAAGGCUAUCGCUGACAAGUACCUCGCUCCCGCCGCCAAGGAGGCUGCGGGCUUGGCCAACGCCGAUGUGAAGCUCAGCGAGGAAGCCAUCGAGGAGCUCAUCAAGUCGUACGCCCGCGAGUCUGGUGUCCGCAACCUCAAGAAGCAGAUUGAGAAGGUCUACCGCAAGUCGGCGCUCAAGAUUGUCCAGGAUCUGGGCGAGGAGGUUCUACCCGAGAAGGAAGCCCUGACAGAGGACGGCAAGGAGGCUCUCGCAGAGGCGGAGAAGAACACCGAGGCCGCCCGCGAGACUGGCGAGCAGCCAACCGAAACUCCUGCAACCGAGAAGCCCCGCGUCGCUCUCAACGUGCCGGAUACCGUUCAUGUCACCAUCGGCAAGGACAACCUCGUCGACUACGUUGGCCCCCCUGUGUUCACUUCCGACCGCCUAUACGAAGUCAACCCGGCCGGUGUCGCCAUGGGUCUCGCAUGGACCCAGAUGGGAGGCGCCGCCAUGUACGUCGAGUCCAUCCUUCAGGGUCCUCUUCGCCCCAGCAGCAGACCCGGCCUCGAGAUUACGGGUAACCUCAAGAACGUCAUGAAAGAGUCCUCAACCAUCGCCUACUCGUUCGCCAAGUCACUUAUGGUCAAGGAGUUCCCCGACAACCACUUCUUCGACAAGGCCAAGCUUCACCUUCACGUCCCCGAUGGCGCAGUGUCCAAGGACGGCCCCUCAGCCGGUAUCACCAUGGCCACUUCGCUUCUCUCCCUUGCCUUGGACACCCCCGUCAACCCUACCGUUGCCAUGACUGGCGAGCUCACUCUGACCGGCAAGGUUCUCCGCAUCGGCGGUCUCCGUGAGAAGACAGUUGCCGCUCGUCGCGCCGGAUGUAAGACAAUCAUCUUCCCGAAGGACUGCAUGUCGGACUGGCUCGAGCUCCCCGAGAACAUCAAGGAGGGCAUUGAGGGCAAGCCGGUCGCCUGGUACUCUGAAGUCUUCGACCUCAUCUUCCCCGAGCUUGACCGCGAGGCUGCCAACAAGUGCAAGACUUGCGAGUGGCAGAAGGAGCAGGACGACAAGAAGAAGAAGGACAAGAAAGACAAGAAGAACAAGAAGAAGGACGAAGACGAAGAAGACGACGAUUAG